AUGACAGUACAACCAGUCCAAGAUCAAGUUUCUACUCCCUCGAGCGUGUUGAAGAAACUUAACGAGUCUGAACUCUCGGAUAUACCAACAUCUAUGGUAAAUCUUGACACGCAGGCUUUUAUCGAAUAUUUUGAUAAAAAAUUCUUCUCACUACGUGAAGAGUGGAAGCAGCAUAUGAAUAGUAUUCUACAGCCGUUACAAAAUGACAUGCAAAAUAUGUCACAGAGACUAGAAAAAUGGGAAACUCGACUCGAACUUCUAGAAAGGAAGGUUGAUGGACUAAAUGAUCUUCAAACUGAGGAUGAAAAGCUGAAAAAGGAUCUCAUUCAAAUGGAGCGGAACUUUGAAGUUCUAGACCAAAGUAGCAGACAAUUUAAUAUAGAAAUCCAAAACAUUCCCGAAAACAAAGGUGAGGACCUAAUUGGCAUGACACGGAACAUCGGCAGCCUUGUUGGAGUGGACGUGCCCCUGGACAGUAUCCGGAGCGCCCACCGCGUGGCGCCUGCCGUGCAGCGCGGCGGCGGCGGCGGCGGCGGCGCCCGGCCCAGGAACGUGGUGGUGCAGCUGGCCACGCGCCGCCUGCGGGACGCGCUGCUGGCGGCCGCGCGCGCGCGCCGGGACCUCUCCACGGAGCAACUGGCUCUACCGACACCAGCACGACGGUUCUUUGUCAAUGAACACUUAACCUUUAGAAACAAAGUGCUCUACUCGAAGGCUCGUGCCGAACAAAAGUCUAAAGACUAUAAGCACGUAUGGGUUAAAAACAAUGUAGUACAGAUGCGAAAGACAGAUACGAGUAAAAUUAUUAAAAUUCGCUGUGAAAAUGAUUUAAUUAACCUUGUCUGA